AUGAACUCCCAUAAAGGGACAUUUUCGCGCUUUCUUUCCAAACAAGUCAAGGGAAAGGGCGAUGAAAGGGCGCUAAACCAAGGAGAUUUCCGUAACACAAAUCUCAUCUCAACCCCUGCCCCUGAAUUUGCGUACGACUGGCACUAUAUGGCAUUCUGUACCCUGUGGCGGUCAUCACUUGUCAAGCCUACCGAAGAGAGUGGUAGAUUAAGAGCGGAUGAAUUUACUGACGAGACCAAUGUGCUACUUUGCUUCGAUCUCGACGACAAUAUUACUCUCCGACUAAGACGUCUGCUGCAUAAAGCUGAUCUCAGAAAUUGGAAGAAUGAACCGUUCCUCAUGCUCGAGUAUGCCAUCAAUAUAGUGGUAGAGCAGUGUGAGAAUGAUCUCUGGAGCUUCCAAAAGCCAGGUCGUGGUCAGGAGCUGUUUGAAGAAACCGGAUCAUCCGAUAACGACAAAACAUUCGAGUUCCUUGUCGAGCGAUAUAGUCGGCUUCAUGAGUUAUCGCGACAUGUAAUCCAUAUUUCUGAAUCUAUGGAUGCGGCCUCUAAUAACCUCGGUGCCAUGGUACGAGACCAUGAUCUGUGGAUCCAGUCAAAUUCUCCUUCCUCUGCGGCAACAAUACGACUCUCAAAAGCGCUGUCACUCUAUGAAAACAUGAUCACAAAUUUGAACUUCCGGGCUAAGGCGUUUGUGGGCCGCAUGGAUAAUGAGAUCAAGUGUGCCUCAAACUUCGUUGCAGUUGCCGAUAGUAACAUCUCGAAAGGCAUUCUCAAGCAAACCCGGAAUGAAGGCAAAGUUUUGUCCGACACCGUGUCCGCCUUAACGCUUCUAUUUCUGCCGGGAACUUUCAUCUCAGGAUUUUUCGGAAUGAAUUUCUUCACACUCGAUAACAACGACAAAACUCAGAUUCUACAAUGGAAGACACAUCCAAAAAUCUGGAUCUUCUUUGUUUGCACAAUCCCUAUCACCAUAUUGGGCUUUUUCAUUUUCAUGCUGGAGUUCAACUUCCUCACUUGGAUCCGUGACAUGCAAGCACUCAUGGGUGGCAUUUUCUGUCGAAGCAAGACAUCCGAUAUUGAGAAUAUUGACCAUAAGAAUUUAAGGUCUUUGGAACGGUCAAGAGGGCUCCACAGGAAUUUCGGAUUCUCUCGGCGUGCUACUUUGCGUUCGAUGCCUUAA